CCAAGGAGCAGGGGUCGUUGCUAAGGCAGUGCAGUCGUGGGUUUUUUGUGAUACGAUCAAUGGUUUGCACUUCAUAGUAAAUCGUUCUGACAUGCUGUUGCCCGCUGUUUAUAAACGCAAACUGCUCAAGCAUGCCGAGUGAAUAUAUCUGUUACACUGGCUUGUAAAGGUAGUCAUUUUCACGGCUGUAUUACUUUUUUAGUGUGCUCUGAUUUCAACCUGACACCUGCAAAUUAUUGGACUAGAGAAGCCCCGUGGUUACGCUAGGCACGACACCUGCCCAGAACAGAUUCGGAUGAUCGUGUUAAUCUAAGGCCGAAUAUCACAGCAUUUGAUACAACUCCACCCGCACGAUAUUUGCCAUGGCUAAGAAGGAUCCCUCAGCAACGCUUCGAUACAUCGAAGAAGUCAGCGCCCAACUCAGCGAUGAAGUCCGCCAGUUGCGUCAGGGUGACUACACCAAACUCUUUAAACAGACGCGAAGCUUCGUCGAUGGCCUGCAGCGCUCGCCGAAGGGUCGGACGACUACUUACGGGCCCUCAAUCACCACCAUUGCCAGCGUCCGGGACUGCUACGAGGACUCCAAGAGACUGGACAAGGACCGGCCAACUCACUUCACCUCGGUCAUCGGCCACUUCCUGACGCUAGUGAACGCGCUCCGGACCCUGGCCCAGCGGGUCCGGGAGUGGAUCGCAGAGCCCAUCGGGGAACUCACCGUCCACGACCGGCAGAGGGAGGCAGCACGGAAGAUCAAGUCGGAGAUGGAGUUCUGGGAAGAGUUCCUGGAUGAGCACAACGACUUCACCGAUCUACACAAGCACAAGACGCUGGAGGAGUUUCGAGGGUUGAACACCGGAGAGGUGCCGCUCUGGGGCGCUGUGGUCAACCUCAUACCUGUGUUACUCAAGACAGCUGACGGCAUUGCCGAACUGUCAGCCAAGUGGUGCUCCACAACACACCGUUUAGGCAUGGGCAUCUACGAGCAGCGACCAUCGUCUGGAGCCCCUGGUAGUCGGCCUGAGUCACGGGCUCGCGGCAGCUCGGCUACGGGAGGCCAGAGACCCAAGACCACCCCCGAGCGAUCAUGCAGUGGGGAUGGACGAAAGCCGCGAAAAACAUAUGCUGAUAAGAUGGACGAGAAGUACAAAGGACGCAUCUCUCUGCUCGAGCGUCCUCCAUGGAAACCCUCAUCCCAACUACCGCACAACCUCUAUCCCCAACUGCACAUCCAUCUGGGCGACCCCACCAACCACGUGCCUUAUAACUGAAACACCUAUAGCUUUGCCACCUGUGUGAAGCUGCCCUUAAUUAAAAGCUUUCAAUAUCUGUACAUACGUCAUAUCUAACGCCACUUAGAUGUGUAAUGCCAUGCAUGUCGCUUUUUUGCUCGUCGCAAUUAACAGAAUACCGUGAAACAAAACAAAAUCAAUUAUUAUCUUUUAGAUAUUAUUAUGCUUUUGUUAUGUUUUAACACUGAGACAAAAUAAGACACAAUAUUACAUUUAGGAUGAAUUGUAUAAUCCUGAAAACAAAACAUAGCACACCUUCACAUCACUGAAACAAAAUCAUAAUGGAAUUGUCUGUGGAAUUGUAACGCUGGUAAAUUCACAAAGAUAUACUGAGCAGCACAGCUAAGUCCACAUGUUGUGCUUUUACUCGUUGCACCACCUGGAUUCCACUGAUGCUGAUGAGUGGAUCAUUUCCAUGAUCAGCGAAAUACCUAUAUAAAAAUUGUUUUUAAUUGGUAACAAAGUUCACACGAGGCUUGGCAUUUAAUUCUUGAUUGAAAUGUCCGUCCCCAAAAGCGUUUAGAGUACACUUCGUUUAAUUAAACACGUACUUCUGAUGGUGGAUGUAUUACUGAGACACCGGUGCUAUGUAUUCCAUAUUCGAAACAUUGUUCAUUAACCACAAUAUAAUACGAAACAAUAAUAUUAAUGUGGUCAUUGGCAAGCCUAAAGAUCGUUACCAGCAUUCUCUACUCUUAAUCAAUAUAUAAUUAUGUGCAUAGUCAAAAAUUGUAUUGGUAUAAUUAUGUAUUCCAAUUAAGAUGUAUUUUCCUAAAACAUUAAGCAGUGGUAAUGAAUUAAAAAGAGUUGGGACGAAAGUUAAAGUCUUCUUCUAUUUGCUCAAUCAGCUUUUAAAACUAGCUCACAUAGGCUAGAGUAUUUUAACGAUACGCACAUAACAGUUUUAUAACAAUUGAAACUUGGAAGCGAGCUGGGGUACGUAAGGAGCACGCGGCGUAAAGGCAGUAUGAAAACCUAGUUCAUUUUCUACAUGAGCUGAUGAAACUUGGACUGGUGAUGUAUAGCCAAUGAAACUAACCAGAGAUUUCGGCGUUCCGAUUGCAAAUUGAGAACGGGCCCCGUGUCAAGCAAGGCAUCACUCGCCUGGCAGCCGUUGGUUCCAGCAGACGAGAAUAUCACCAGAACCUCACUGUUCUGGCCUUUUCCCAUUCAACGCUUUGCCGGUCACUUUCUACAUGUACUAAAGUAAUAAUUUAAAAAAUUCAACGCCUUCCGGGCGGGGUGGGGGCGCCAGUCCUUUACUCAUGCCGCAUGGACAUCAGAAAGAGCGCCACCUCAUGUCCAGCACUGUCGGACUCCAAAACACUGCGCCUUCUUUGCUAGAUCUGCGGAAUCUGCCCCAAAGUGACAGACGGUUUAAAUCAAUAGAAUUUUUGGGGGAAAUGAUAAGAGCAUGGAGCACGCAUUUUCAUCGUUUGACAGGCAAAAAACAUUAUGCAUUAAAGUAUUAAUUCUUGCAUUAUGGAUCAUUACUAGUAGCACGUGUCAUCGACACAGGGUGAGUUUACAAGCCAGGCGCUCCGUGCAUGACGUCACUACGCAAAAUUCACGCUGCAUCGAAAACCACAGAACACGGAUAUGGCGGACUGAGCUACGGACAGACACGCUGCAAACAACACGUGGGUGCGGAGGCACACGUCGUGCACGCGAUGUACAGGUAGAGUGACGGAGUAGUAUACCCUCAGAACUGUGGAGUCCGACGUCCGCUCCUCAGUUCUGGGGGUAUACUGGUACUAGUGGUGCAUGGUGGUCGCUUUAGUUUUGUGUAUCAUCAAGACAACACGUAAGAAAUUAGUCUGUGAGGAAUUUCUGGCACACCUACGUGAUAUGAAGUACAUGUAAGUUUUGCUUAAUUCCACACUUACACUUUACAGGAAGGCCUUGUCCUUCAGACCAUGGAGAAAGGAAAAGACCAUGAGACCAUGGCGUGCAGGAGUAGGACUAGGAUCAACACUUCAUGUAGUGUAGGCAUGCCUACACUACAUGCACAUGAUGUACAUGGCCCAUUUCUGUGAAAAUGACAUUGUGAGUAAACUUGAGUAGGCCCAUGCUAGCCCCACACGUAGAACUGUAGUGCAGUGGCUAUCUUUUACAAUCUGUCUCGUUUCUGUCGCCACCUCAGACCUACUUUAAGGCAUUCAUUCUUUAUUUCCACCCAGCUAAUUACAUGUUGCAGUAAAAUAGAAGCAGUUAUUGUCGAGUAGGGAUCCCAUUAGGAAUAAUACACAUUAUUACGAACAAUACAAUAAUUAUGACGCACAAUUAGACAAGAAGACAGUAAUUAUGACACGUAAACACUAAGUCUUGUAACCCUGUAAGACACAAAAACUAAAUGAUGUUAAAUAGAAUUUGAAUACCCACUUAUUAAUAGUUUAGCUUUAUAUUUAUGUUUGAAUGUUAUAGGUUCCCUAGAUUCUUCAUAGAGGCAUCUAAGGAAUUCCACAGCCUGGGGCCCUCAUGCUUGAUGACUGUAUUUUGUGUGAGAGUAGUACAACGUACGUGCAAAAGACUGAUGAAGUUUCUUGUGCUGUCAAGUGAAAUGAUGGUGCAUUUCUUCAUUUUUGAUAAACAUAGAACAAAUGGAUUUAGGUAAUUUUUUCAUGUUUAACUGGUGAUGAGGAUCCCAAGCUGAAGGAAAUAUAUCAUUUACUUAGAGAGUUUUAUACAAAUAAAACAGUGGACUACUAUGUUCAAGGUACACGUAGGUGGCAGAGUGGAUCAUUCUUGAAACUUUUUUGCAGUUCAAGUAUUCUACUGGUUGAACUAACCCCACAAUUACCCUAGGCUAAUAUCCCAUAUGAUAGAUAUGGUACAAUUAUAUUGUAAAGUUGAAAUAGUACAUCCUGAGGGAGAAGUGGCUUUAGUUAUAACUCCAAGUCGUGCGAAUAUUAUUGAUUUGUUUUUCCAUGAAAGAUUCUGUUCAGUAUACAGACCUACAUCUGUAAGAAUUUGACACAGUCGGUUUUAUCAAUUUGUACAUCAUCAAUAAAGAUUUCAGGUAAUUCGUGAUGUUGCUUAUUACUAAACAGCGUAUAGUUAGUCAUCUUAAUGUUAAGAGACAACCUAUUUGCUUUAAGCCAGUUUAAAACUGUGGUAAGCUCGAGAUUAACGUUACGAUAAAGAGUAUUUUAUAAGGAUAACUAUAGAAUAUAUGUAGGUUACCGUCAUUAGCAAAUAAAAUAAAGGUAAAAAAGUCAGAAGAUUUAACAAAGCCAUUUACAUGUAUAUACAUGUAGAUGGAAAAUAAACGUGGCCCCAGAAUGGAUCCUUGCGGAGAGGACUGACACUAUUAACAUAUACGAAUUGCUGACGAUUUGAAAGGAAACUCUCGAACCACUCCAAGGCGGUUCCUCUAAUGCCAUAAUAAGAAAGUUGUUUAGAAGUAUAUUAUGAUCGACUGUAUCAAAGGCCUUGGAGAGGUCCAGGAAUAAACCAAUUGUAACAGAGGAUGUAUCUAAAUUAUUAGUUAUUUAAUCAAUUAGGUGAAUAAUAGCAUGUGAAGUUGAAUGGUUUUGACGGAAUCCACAUCGAGAAUCAGAAAUUAUGUUGUGUUCAUCUAGACAGUC